AUGACAUUAUUUGGUCAGGUAUUAAUUGGGCCUCCUGGCUCAGGUAAAACAACUUUUGUCUAUGGUAUGCACCAAAUGUGUACUGCACUUAACAGACCAAAUAUUAUUGUCAACUUGGAUCCUGCAAAUGAAAAUAUCCCCUAUAUUCCUGAUGUAGAUGUACGAGAGCUAAUCAACUUUGAAAAAAUUAUGUUUGAGUGUAGACUUGGCCCAAAUGGAGCCUUGGUUUAUUGUAUGGAAUAUUUACAGGCAAACAUUGAUUGGUUAAUUGACGGAAUACGAACUAAGAGGAAAAAUGCUUCAUAUAUUCUAAUAGACGUUCCCGGACAAGUUGAGUUAUACACCCACAACUAUGUUUUAAAAGAAAUUCUUUCUGAAUUGGCAAAAGAACUCGAUAUUCGUCUUACAGCGGUACAUUUGAUUGAUAGUACUCUGCUAUCAUCUCCAACAAAUUAUAUUUCAGCAUUAUUAGUUUCUCUUUCCGCUCAAAUGUCCGUCGAGCUUCCAUACUUGAAUGUUUUUUCUAAGAUUGACCUUUUGGAGCACUUUAAGGAUGACUUACCGUUCAAAUUAGAAUAUUUCUCACAAUUAGAGGAUCUAAAUCAACUAUUAACGUUUUGGAAACACGAGUCAAACAUGGGUGAUCAUCCAUUAUUUCUCAAAUAUAAAGGUUUUCAGAGUGAGCUUGUAGAUUUAGUUGAAGAUUCCAGUAUUAUGCAGUUUAUUCCAGUAGAUAUUAAUGACAAAGAUUCGGUUUUGCAAAUUUUACAAUUAAUCGACAAAUCCAAUGGAUUUUCUAUGCUGAGCGAAUACUCUGAAUAUUCUGCUUUAGGAAUAGAAACAAACAUAAAUAUGCUUCCCAAUGAGGAAAUGUAUGGAACAAUUUACGAAAGAUACAUCGAAAAGUAUCCAGAAAAUCAAAAUCAAAAAGAAAAAUAA